AUGGCGCAAUCCGUUCAAUGCUACUACUUAUCCCCCAAUUCCGACGCACCAAACAACCCGUUGCCGGUGCUGCACUAUCGCGGGGUCCUGCCUCUGGAGGCGACAGAAGACAUGGCCACCAAGUUUCUGACCGCCAACACUUGGGAAAAGCGAGGCGCCUGGGGACACAUUGGCAUCCGCCAUUUCCACCCAAACACGCACGAGUGUUAUGGAAUCGUCAGCGGCCGUUCUACAAUGCUUCUCGGCAAGAUAAACGACGGCACGGGCGUGCAUGUCCAGGUGCAAAGGGGAGACGUCAUUGUGCUUCCCGCCGGCACCGCACACUCCAGCAUCGAGAGCACGCCUGAUUACUUCUACAUUGGCGUCUAUCCGCGCCGCCAUCCGAGGUGGGUAAACGAGCACGGCAAAACCCCAGCGACACACUUUCGAUCCACGAUUCGGGCUGUCGAGAUGCCCGAGGAGGAUCCGGUAUAUGGAAAGGACGGGCCGCUUUUGAAGCUGUGGCGCCCUCGGGACCUGGCGAGGCUGUAG